AACGCUAUCAACGGUGAUUUAUAGCUUUCUUAUUGUUGUGGAACAUCGCAUUGUAAUUGAUAUUUUUAGUUGGAAUCAGUGUAGUUUUUGGGUUGUGUAAACAGCUGGACUCUUCUGACAGUAAGUUAGACUGUAUGUCAGCGCAGUCCGCGAUUGUUAGCCGAGUAAUACGCUGUUAUUGCGAAUUUAUUGCUCCUCCCUCCGAUAUAACAAUAACAUAAUAACACAGUAAGGUACGGCGGGCUCUCAAAAUGCGCACGGAGCUAAGAACGAUAAGCACUAGGCGUGACAACGUGCCCAGUCAUUGCGAUACGGGUACUUCUUGCGCUAUCACGAUACAAAUGCCGAAUCCAGAGGCGGUGGGAUGCAUAGAGCGAUUUGCAACAUUCCUAUCGUUCCUGCUCGUGAUCAUCACCUUUCCAUUUUCGCUCUUCGAAUGUUUCAAGGUCGUGCAAGAAUUUGAACGAGCCGUCAUAUUCCGUCUCGGUCGAGUAAGGAAGGGAGGUGCGAGAGGUCCCGGUCUCUUCUUCGUUCUUCCCUGCAUCGAUACUUAUAGAAAAGUGGACUUGCGAACUGUCUCCUUUGACGUUCCUCCCCAGGAGGUAUUGACGAGAGAUUCAGUGACAGUCGCCGUGGAUGCUGUCGUCUACUACCGCAUCAAGGAGCCUUUGAAUGCCGUUGUCCGGGUUGCAGAUUACAGUGCAUCAACGCGUCUUCUAGCAGCGACGACACUUCGGAAUGUUCUGGGCAUGCGCGAUUUGGCACAGCUGCUGUCGGACAGAGAAGCGAUAAGUCACAUGAUGCAAGCCAGCCUCGAUGAAGCGACUGAACCUUGGGGAGUUGAAGUGGAGAGGGUCGAAAUAAAGGACGUGAGGCUGCCCGUGCAGCUGCAAAGGGCGAUGGCUGCAGAAGCAGAAGCUGAUCGAGAAGCCAGAGCCAAGAUUAUUGCGGCCGAGGGAGAAAUUAAAGCGUCCAAAGCUUUAAAGGAGGCUUCCCUUGUUAUGAUAGACAACCCUAUGGCAUUACAGUUGCGGUACCUCCAGUCGCUUAGCUCGAUAUCAGCUGAAAAGAACUCCACAAUCAUCUUUCCGUUCCCAAUGGACUUCCUAAAAACAUUCAUGGGCGGACCUGGCCCGAGCUCUCAGCACCCACUCAACUUAUAAAUACAGACUCAAAUGACGACGAUUAUAUUAAUUCUAGUCAAAAAAAUAAUUUUAAUUAAAUUGUUGAAAAUUUUA